AAUAAAUAUAUGCAUUAUCUAACCUUAUUUUGAAUAUUCUUAAACACAAACGGUAUGGAUAAUCACACCACGGUGUCCUAUUUUCUGCUCCUGGAAUUUUCAAACAGUCGGCAUCUACAACUUUUACAUUUCUUCUUCUUUUUCUUGUUAUAUCUAGCAAUUGUAACAACAAAUCUUCUCAUCAUCUGUGCUGUUGCAUUUGACCAUCAUCUACAUAGCGGCAUGUAUUUCUUUCUAAUGAAUUUGGCUCUACAAGAUGUAGGUUCUGUUUCUGUCAUUGUCCCCAAAUCCAUGAUAAAUUCCCUCCUGGACACAAGACACAUUUCUUACUUUGGCUGUGUUGCUCAAGUCUUUCUCUUUGUCUCCUUUCUGGGUUCUAAUGUAUCCCUCCUGACAGUCAUGGCAUAUGAUCGGUAUGUUGCCAUUUGCCAUCCACUGCACUAUGAAACAGUAAUGAAUUGGAAAGCCUGCAUUGAAAUAUUGAUGCUGGUAUGGGUUACUAGUCUUCUCUAUGGAAUGUUGCAUACAAUUGGCACAUUUUCAUUCUUUUUUUGUUCUAACGUGGUCAACCAAUUUUUCUGUGAAAUUCCACAAUUGCUAAAACUCUCCUGCUCUGGGUUCAAUCUAGUUGAAGCUGGAGUUCUUGUAGCCAGUGCUACUGCAGGAUUAGGUUGUUUUACGUUUAUUAUUGUAUCUUAUGCCAUGAUAUUCAAGGCAGUGCUAAGAAUCUCUUCUGAACAAGGAAGGCAAAAAGCCUUAUCAACUUGUAUUCCCCACCUCAUAGUAGUGUCAAUGAUUUUAUUGACUGGAUGUUUUGCCUAUUUGAUCCCUCCUUCUAAUACCCCAUCAUACUUAGAUUUGUGGUUGACUAUUCUGUAUUCCCUUCUUCCACCACUGUUCAAUCCAAUUAUCUAUAGCAUGAGGAAUAAGAAUAUCAAAUAUGUCCUUUGGAGGUUGAUGGCUAAAGGGAUUUCAGCUGAAAGGUUAUUACAGUUUCUCCUACAUUUAUAA